AUGGAGCCCUCCAACGCGCCCCAGGACGAUCCGCCUCCCAGAUCUAUGGACAAGGCAGCUCCCAGCAACCAGACCAUUCACGACAAUGCCUCCAAUGACUUGAGUGACUCUUUGAAUCGUCUAUCGCUGGCCAACGCCAUGGCGACACCUCUUCCAGCUUCUCCUUCACUGCUGUCGCCCCGCGGCGCAGCGUCGCGUUCCCCAGUGAAUCCAGCGCCAUCCACCCCUCGGCGCACCCCCAGCUUAAAUUCCCUUCGUGAUGAGCGUAGGAAGUCGACUCCUCUCCCCAUUCUACAAAAGCGACAGUCGACAGCGUCUCUGCGAUCAGUUUCAAAUCAGACAAUCCCGCCCUCCCCUCGCGCCGACUCGUCACGUCGCUCUUCCGCCACUAUCGCGGGGUCCCCGACCACCGCCGCAACACCUGCAAUCAUGCCGCCACGCCUGGCGCAAGCCCCUGAGGGUCCGACAGCUGCGUCAAUUGCUGCCGAGCAUUUCCAGAAAGAAGUCGACCUCCACCAAAUGGUGGACCUGGGCGCGAAGACAACCGUUCUGGUCCAUGAUGCAUGCUAUGGACAUCGCUUCUCACGCCCGCGCGCCUCGAAAACUCAGCUGAGCAAUAUUUUCGAAAGACCCGAGCGCAUCCGCGCCUGCGUCGUGGGCAUUGCAGCAGCAUACGUCCGGCUGGGUCGUCGUCAUGCCGGCGAGAAAUUCGCACCUCACCCCAACCUCGACCUUCACUCUCUCCCACCUCCUUUUCAGAUGCGCAAGACAUCGCGCACUCUUCCUCUCACCAACGAGGCUGUCACCAAUGUCCACGGAACCAAGUGGAUGGCAGACCUCAAUACCAUGUGCGACGUCGCCGAGUCGCGCCUCGCGCUGACCGGAAAUGAACUGGUUCGACCGCCUGUUCAAGGUGAAGACGGCCAGGCUCCGAGUAAGCCCCCACUUCACUCAGGCGAUCUGUACCUGUGCUCCGAGUCCAUAAAUGCGUUCGAAGGUGCCCUCGGCGGCGUUUGCGAUGGUAUCGACGCCGUCUUCGGACCGAGCCUGACCUCGCGGGCGUUUGUUUGCAUCCGUCCGCCUGGCCACCACUGCUCGGCCGAUUUCCCGUCCGGCUUUUGCUGGAUCAACAACGUCCAUGUCGGCGUUUCCUAUGCAGCCACAAACCACGGAUUGACCCACGCGGCAAUCCUGGACUUUGAUCUCCAUCACGGGGAUGGCUCGCAGGAAAUUGCCGCGGACCAUAACUACAAGGCCGCGACGGCUCCGCGCAAUUCGCCGGCCUAUAAAAAGGCGACAAUCGGGUACUUCAGUCUCCACGAUAUCAACUCGUACCCCUGCGAGGCUGGCGAGCCCGAGAAGGUGCGCAAUGCCUCUGUCUGUAUUGACGGCGCCCACAACCAGCACGUCUGGAAUGUCCACUUGCAGAAGUGGACCACUGAAGCCGAGUUCUGGGACCACUACGAGACCAAGUACAGGAUCCUGAUUGACAAGGCACGAGCGUUCCUCCGCCACCAUACCGAGCGCCUCUACCAAAACCCGCAUGGCCCGCAGCCCAAGGCAACCAUUUUCAUUUCUGCUGGCUUCGAUGCUAACCAAGGGGAAUAUGCUGGCAUGCAACGGCACGGGGUGAAUGUGCCGACUGGGUUCUAUGCCCGAUUCACCGCCGAUGUGGUGCGCAUGUCGGAAGAAGACGGCCUUGGUGUGAAUGGUCGUGUGAUCAGCGUGUUGGAGGGAGGCUACAGUGACCGAGCACUGACCAGUGGUGUGCUCAGCCAUUUGUCUGGAUUCGGCACCGACUCGACAGAUGACGCGGUCAAGCCCGAAGGGCUUAGCGAUAGUGUUUUGUGGGCUUUUGACAAGCUGUCAACUCGAUCUGAGGAAAGCUAUGAUCCUGCAUGGUGGUCCGAGAACAUGCUCACCGAGCUGGAGGCCGUCACAUCUCCCCCGCCAAAGGAUGAUCGCGAAAGAGGAUAUUGGAAGGAGACUCGCUCCUCCUCAGCCAAGAAGGUGACGACUCCGCGCAAGUCGUUUGGAUCGAGCAUCGCUAUCGAACCGAAUCUUCAGCCUCUACCUGAAGUGGGAUGGGCCACAGCAGCCCACGAGCUCUCCAAGAUCCUGAUCCCCGAGACCCGUCAGACCACAAGCUACCGGUCUGAAGAGCUCAAUGCCGAAGCUAGUCGCCAGCGUCGAGAGCGUCAGAUCGCCUUAGAUGGCGGUAUCAACCCGGACAUCAUCCCUCCGCCGCCACCAACACCGAUUGAUGAAAAGCGACAGCUUCGCGCGCGCAAGUCCAAGUCACCUACACCUUUCUACUCGCCUCGUGUUACGACCUCUCGGCAGCAGGCAAUGCAGAAGGGCCGGCGCACUACCAUCAACAGCAAUGAUGUCUCAGAUCCGACACAAAACUCUCCCACAGUGGCCGCAAGUCGCCGCAAGAGUACCAGUGGCGUUGCACCGGUCGAAAUGACGAACCUGACCAGUUCAACCAACGGAAACGAGAAACUAAGCCGAAUGCCAUCGUCAGCAGCGUCUAUCAAAUCGACCGCAUCUAUCAAGUCGAAAACCGGCACCGUGACCGGCCUACGCAAGCCCAAGUCCCGCCCCGAGACACCCAAGCGCUCUUCCAGUCCUAAAAAGACACCCCCCGUACCCAAGGUACCUAAUGUGUUUCUGGAAUCAGAUCCACCGGCGCCUCAACAGCAUCCGCCACCCCUCCCCCUUCUGAUGAUGUCGAAAAUCUAA